UCAAUUCCUGCAACUGCAAGAGCGGAUCCGUAACUUCGAGGGCAUGCUUGGCGGCGGCAGCGGGGAGCGUCUGUGCACGCCAAGCACUUCGGCCGGCCCAUUCCGCAUCUUUUCCGUGGCCGGAUUCCAGAACCGGGCCAAUGACAUCGUCUACUGCCCGCCGAUCGUGCGCCAGCACUCGGUGCACGUGCCGGAGGACUCCACGGCCAUAAUCUAUUUUGGUGGGGACGUGCAGGACUUCCCGGAGAGCAUGGAGACGAACCGUGACAGUCGGGGCUACAUGAAGUACAACCUCGAAAACUCGGCCAUCCUUCUGCGCGAGGCCUUUCCCCGGUCACACAUCAUCGUCAUCCGGCCCGUGCGCAUGGAGUUCAAGACAUUCAGUUGCUUUGACAAUUUUGUUCGGGGCAACAACGCUGGAGUUCCGGAUCACACGCCCAUGAACCAUGCCCUCCAGCAUCUAGAAAAACUGCUUCAGAAUCUAUCGCAGCGCCUGAUCUCCAUACCAGAGAACGAAAUUCUGGAUCAGGCCGCCCAGGCAGCGGCUGCUGCGGCGGCAGUGGCUGCUGCUGCUGCGGCCGCAGCUUUAACGCUAUCCAACGCCACGGUCACCUCGGAGUCCAACUCACAAUCGGCACCGGCCAACGACAGCAGCCAGGAGAUGGACAUUGAUAUAUUGCAGGUGCAGGAGAAUAUCACAGUGGACGCGGAUGGGGCAGUAAUAUUUCCGAUAGUUGGCAACGAAGUGCCAGAGGCAGUGAACAAUGUAUCCGGGAAUAAUGGCAACAUCGGUGGUGGCGGUAACGAUGAUAGUGUAAACAACCACCAAGAGCAAGUGAACAACCAGCAGCUCCAGCAGCAGCAGCAAACGGCGGCAGCCAUCAAGAUGACUUCUCCCACAACGGCGAUAAAUGCCACCAACAAUGUGGAGCACUACAACAACGAUUGUGGUACGAGGCAGGCUUCCGCUGCCUCUGCAACAACAGCCUCGGCAACGGGCACCUCCACAUCAACGGCAAGCAGCGAUAGCAAUCCGCUGUGGUGGCGGGAGAACCUCAAUCUGGACAAAUCCAAGCUGGUGCUGAUUGGCUUUAGCAAGGGCUGCGUCGUGCUCAAUCAAUUCAUCUACGAGUUCCACUAUCUUAAGACGCUCACGCCCGACGACAGCAGCAUGUGCCGCCUUCUCUCCCGGAUUUCAGACAUGUACUGGCUGGAUGGCGGCCAUGGGGGCCAAAAGAACACUUGGAUCACGUCCCGUAGCUUGCUGGAAACACUAACGCGGAUGGCAGGCAUGAACAUCCAUGUCCACCUGACGCCCUACCAGGUGCAGGAUGAUCGCCGACCCUGGAUUAGAAAGGAGGAGAAGUUGUUUACGGAGAUGCUACGUAGGCUGAAUGCGCCGAUCACCCGGCACUUGCACUACGACAACCAGCCAGCGAAUCUGAUGACCCACUUCGAGGUGCUGCAGGCAUUUUGCCAGCACGUCCACGCGCUCAACCAGCAGCAACAGCAAAUGCAGCAGCAGCAGGGUGUCGGCAUCAGUGAGCAGUCUUCGGCGGCGGUGGCCGCCACCAACAAUGGGAGCAACAAUCUAUUGGAAGCCGGCGAGGAGGCAAAGUGACAGCUGCAACUGCAUCCGCAUCACCACAGGCGUCGCUUGCAUGCGAUGCGCAAGGGUACCGCCGCCCUCAAGCGUCAGCAGGUGGCGCAGCUGCGCCAGCACCACCAGCAGCUGCUGGCUGCCGCCCCGGAGCUCGCGCUGGCCUCCUCAUCGCGCCUGGCUGCGGCCCUGAUCUCGUCGGCGGUGGCUCUGAGCGCCUCGUCCGCGAGCCUUGUAAAUAGUCAUCACCACAGCCAUAUGCAACAACAGCAGACGCAGCAGCCGCCACAGGCGCGCCAUCAUCACCAUCCGGCAACAUCACACAGGCAUCACCACCACCAACACCACUCACAUCACCACUCGCACCACCAUCAUCAUCAUCAUCAGUGUCGCUCGAAACGCAAACUGCAGAAAUUGUAUUAUACGCUUUGCCGUUAGAUCUGUAGCCUAACUAUAUCUAUGUGUACUUGUACGAGAGAAAGUUUCUUAGAACCACCAGCAGCAUCAGCACUUAGCUUAAGUGGAGUCACACCUACCACGUCCUAUAUAUAUUAUAUGUAUGUCCAGUCCCUUCGUCCCUUCAUUUUUUGUACAUGUAUUUAUUUAUUCCCCUUUUUGUUCGUAUUUUGUAUCUUUGAUCAUCGCAUUUUUGUAAUUCGUCCCAAACUGAAAGCAAAAUCUCAUCAGUGCAAUAAUAUACAUAAUCCGAAUAUAUAUAUAUCUAUAUAUUUAUAUAUAUGCGUAUUUAUAUAUAUGCUGAUUUUACAGACCUCUCUUAUUUUAUACAAACACUCCAUGCUAUUUAUUUGUAAUUGAUGAAAAGAUUUGUGAUUUGCGCACAUGAUAUAAAGUAAACAUCGUAGAGCAAGCACUGUAAUCGUAGCGUGUCUCAAGCAAUUUAUGUUUUAAGUACCCCAAUGAAUUUAUACAUCAUCCGCACAGACGCAUUAAUCUAACCAGCCUAAAAUCUAAAUCACACACACCCACAAAGCCCUCUGAUUAAGUAUUACUUAGCGUACGUAAGCUAACUUUAAGUUGCAACUGGCAAAAAGCAAGCCACAACAACAAAUGUACUUUACUUAGGUUGAUCCCCAGUUUCCAUCGCAAACUGGGGGCAAAGUAUCAAAUUUGUGAGACGAGAGCGUCGAUAGCAAUAUAGCAAUCAGCUCGUCCAGGCAUAGACGACGUAGUUUUCUCUGAUUGUGCUGGGCAAGUCAAAGAAGAAGUACUCAAUGCAAAUGCAAGUGAAUAAAGUGAAUUUUGCCAAUUCAGAUCCGAGAAGUAAUUGUAAAUGCGAUGGCGCGCGUUCCUUAAACUAAUUAUGUAUAUCGAUGUGGAGAUCAUUACCGCUUCCGCUUAUCAUCCAAAACAAGACAAGAAAGCCAGCCAAGAAAGCAAACCAAGAGAAAAUCCAGUGAGACGUACUGUGCAUAUAAGGGAAAAAUUAAUUACACACAAAAUUUCGUACCUUGUAGAAUUUGCAGUUCAAAAUUGCUUUAGAGUUUGUCGAUGUACAUUUUACGGAUUAAACUGCACAAAACAUUUUUAGGCAAGAAGAACCAUAUUAACUAAAAUUACAGACGGUCGUAGAUGUAAAUUGAACAUUAUAAAUGAAAACGCUGCGAAUUCGAAACCAAAAAUCGCGCAGAGAAAGUCGAGCAAAAAAAAGAAAACAAAACAAAAAAGGAAUUCCCAAUGUAAAUUCUACUGAUUUUUGUGAGUCUGGUAAUAAAAUGAAUAAGCAUAUAUGGAUAAAAUGGCAGCUUCUUUUUUUCACAUGUCCACAAAGAUCUAAUCUUGCAGCUGCUCCUCUGGCACCAAAUUAAACAUAGUUUUAAA